UCUCUCUCUCCCCCCAUUCUCUUCCUCCCUCUCUCACACUCCCUCUCUCUACAGCGGCACUUGUUGAAUUCAACCCUUGGAGAAUAGAGAGAGGGGAGAGAAACAGAGAGAGAUAAUGACAAGGAGGCAGAGGGAGGCUUUGAGACAUUGCUAGAGCAGACAGUGUGCAGAGAGAAUGGGGCUUUGGAGGAUAUAGAGAUAGAAGAUAGGCGAGGGAAGACAGACAGAGAAAAGUCAGUCAGACAGCACAGAGAUUCAUCCUUGAGACAGUAGGAAUGACACUUUAAGUGAAAGAGAGAGUCGACCAGACGGAGUACAUCAGAGUGCCCUCCUUCCAUCACUAACUCUUCCUCGUCUGUCCUGGUCCCGACUGCUGCUGCUGCUGCUGCUCCUGCUGCUGUUGUGUUUGUGUGUGUCAAGGCUCCAUGGUGCUUUAACCAGAAGACUGGCUUACACAGAUGCCUCUCUCAGUGGCAAAAUCUGCCGUGAAGAUCUGAAAGUCCAUAUUCCUCUCCCUCUGCAGCCAACAUGUCCCAGCUGCUCCAUGUGGAGAUCCCGAACUUUGGAGCCACAGUUCUGGGCUCUCUUAACGAGCAGCGCCUGCUGGGACACUACUGUGAUGUAUCCAUUCUGGUCAAAGGUCAAGCUUUCAAAGCCCACCGGGCCGUCUUGGCUGCCAGCAGCCUCUACUUCCGUGACCUCUUCAGCAGCUCCACCAAGACGCAGUUUGAGUUGCCUUCCUCAGUCACACCUGCUUGCUUUGAGCAGAUCCUCACUUUCUGCUACACAGGGAAGCUCACAAUGGCAGCUAGUGAACAGCUGGUGGUCAUGUACACAGCUGGCUACCUCCAAAUUCAGCAUAUAGUUGAAAGAGGUAUGGACCUGAUGUUCAAGGCCAACUCACCUCACUGUGACUCACAAACAGCGGGAUCCCUGGAAGAAACAGGAUCCGAGCCACAGAGUCCUUGUAAUAAUGGUAAUGGCCUCACAGUGGCCGCCCUUUUGGGAACCCCGGGCUGGUCUCCAUCCUUACUCAUGCCUCACCGCAAGAUCAAACUAGAAAGUGGCGAUCCGACCCCCGUGACAGUCCCCUCAACGCAAAGUAAGAUUUCGUCUUCAGAGCUGGGGAGUCGUCUGUCAAGGGCUAGUUCACUCUUUUACACAACGGCUGGAGGGAACCCCAUCCCUGGCAUGCCAGCUUUCCACCUUCAUGCAACCAGCGGAGGUGGGGCGGGAGGAGGAGGAGGAGGAACAGGCGGCGAGCGGUCCAGUCCUGGAGCGUCCAGCAAUCCCACCACUGACAGUCCCACCUCCUACCAGAACGAGGAUGAGGAGUUUGAGGAAGAGCCCUACGAUGGGAUCACUGAAGAGGCCUACAGUCACCUUUAUGGACGUUCGGCUAACCCUUAUGGGAUCCAGGACAAGCCUGAGAUGGCAGCAGUGCCCUUGGCCUUGGAGAACCGCAACUGUGUGCUGAUCCGCAGGGACCUGGUGGCUCUGCCUGCAAGCCUCAUAAGUCAGAUAGGCUACCGCUGCCACCCUAAGCUCUACACUGAGGGGGACCCAGGGGAGAAGCUGGAAUUGGUCGUUGGUACACAAGUGUUCAUGACACGAGGCCAACUGAUGAAUUGCCAUUUGUGUGCUGGUAUCAAACACAAAGUCUUGCUCCGACGUCUGUUAGCCACGUUCUUUGACAGGAACACUUUAGCCAAUAGCUGUGGGACAGGUAUCCGUUCUUCUACUAGUGACCCUAGUAGAAAACCCCUGGACAGCAGGGUCCUCAACGCUGUCAAACUCUACUGUCAAAAUUUCAACCCUAACUUCAAGGAGAGUGAAAUGAAUGUGAUUGCUGCUGACAUGUGCACAAAUGCAAGGCGUGUCCGCAAACGAUGGCUGCCCAAGAUCAAGUCGAUGCUGCCCGACGGCAUGGAGGUCUACCGUGCAGGAAUGGGCAUGGGCGCCGCCGUCGGUCUGGGCCUGGCCCUCGGUGCCCCGCAGUCCGGUGUGCCCCUCCCCUUCGAGUCUGACUUCAAGAACCUGGAGCAGAGGUUGUAUCCAGAUCGCAAGGAACCUCUCAGGACUCACCCACCACUGGCUGAAGGAAGCCCCGGUUCCGGGGCAGAAGGAGCAGAUGCUGAAGGUGAAGGUGAAGGAGCAGUCCAAGAGGAACCAGCGGAAGACGAGGAGGAUGCUGGGUUAGAGGGUGCAGACGGAUCACACGGGGCGCCGACUCUGAUCCCGGGCGCUGAGGCGGGGAACUGUGGUGACACGCCAUCUGAGCAGGAAGGGGAGAGUUUUGGACAAGGUCUAAGGGUGAACGGACAGUGAAUGUCCUUUUGGGCUGCCUCUCAAAUUGUGAAAUCUGUUCAACACCGAUUUUUCUUUUGCUUGCUCUCUUACUCAACAUGUUGUCCACCACUCUUUCUCCUCCUCUGUGCUUCCUCAACAGGAGUUUUUCAGCACAAAAAGGUUGCACUCAUAGAUCUUACUAUUCAGAUAUUCACACAUGCAUGCGCACAUAUGUGCUUGUGUAUUCGCAUACUUACCAAUAGUAGAAGUAGACACAGGCAUGGCAUCGGCACAUCCAGAAAAUCACCCCGUUUUGCUCCACCCUUUUCUCAGUAUACUCAAUAUGUAUUCAGUAUUUUCAGCACCCGCAGCAAUGUUACAAAGGUCUGACAGCAAAACAAAUGGCUUUAAUAAUUCAUCAUUUCUGUGCAAUAUACAAGGAGCAGCUGCUUUGCUGGUCAUUUAUGGAAUGUGGUCUAAUGGUUUGUAAAACGAUUCAGUUUUCUUGGAAAGCUGCAUCUGAAAAUAACCCGUGUAACCUUGGGAAUAACAGAUCAGAGAAACACGACUCCCUAAAAAAGAGCAGUGGUUGCAGUGUUUGACCACUUUACAUUAUAUUACUGUAUCAUAAAUAUGUAUGAAUAUAUUACAAAGGUUGUAUUACAAUUAAAGGUCAUGUAGUGUCUUAGCGCCAUUAAAACUGUUUUCCUCUCCGUUAUAUCAGCAUGCCAUCUCUACGAUAAAGACUAUGAAGUGUUUUCCUGUGAAUGCUAAAGACUUCUCAAUAAUCCCAACACUCAUCUAUCAGAUGGAGCUUUUUUCAUGCAUAUUUGCCCAUUACAAAUAUUGGAAGAGAUUGUGAAUGUGAUGCCUGUGUCUGCUCCAAACCGCCACUCCCACUCACACACACACACACACACACACACACACGUGCACACAUUUCUCACUCUAUGAUACUAGUCUUUGAUAUCUGCACCAAUGUAUUAAACACACUGUCCCCCCCCCCCCCCCCUCAAAAAAAAAAAAAACAAUAUUAGUGUUUUUUUUUUUAAACCUAUGAAAAGACAUCUUGGAGAUACAGAGACAUGAACAAGACCAUGCGCUAAUGUCCAAGCUUGCAUGCAUUGAUGGAUACUGAAAACGACAACAACAAAGCCACAAACCUGCAUCUAUAUGAUAACAGCUACUGUUGCCUCAAGAUAUGCCAAUAAUACGCAAAAGGACUUUCUCCGUUUCUCACUUGGAUCUGACCUCAGCUUGACACAUGUUUGAACUGACCCGGGCGUGACCCGGGACUCACUGCGUGUGACACAGGAUAAACCUGAUUUUUUUUUUUUUUCUUAAUUUUUUUUUUAAACUACAGUGUGUUGUCACCACAAGUUUGAGGAGACUGAAUAUUUGGAGUAGUAAGACGAAGUGCACUACACUGAGUGGCAGAAGAGAAAAAUAACAGAGAGAAACACUGUUCCACCUUGAUGUGGCGAUGUGUUCUGCACCGAGACUACACAGUCCUGGUUCCAUCGUUCUUCUUGUUUGUUUUUAAAGGAGGGGGUGGGAAGGGUAAAUUAUUAAAUAAAACUUAUAAGAGCAAUUUAUGCUGGCUUUUUUUGCAUUUGCACUUCAGAAGGUUGAAGGGUGGGAAACUGAAGAGUUUGGAAAAACAGACCUGUAUUAAAGACUCCUGAUUUCCAUCACAACGUUCUGUUUAUGUGAUUGAUCGGGACGCUUGAGGGUUUGGAAAGAAACGACAGGUCUUCCUGACGAUGACUGUUUCUAUAUUUUGGAAUGGGGAGUGAAGCGAUGUCACAGGGACUCUAACCUGAAUUUGUCAUACCCAUUUUGAUUUUUUCUCCUUUUUGAUACCUGUUUGUAAAGCUUUUUGUUUGCCAUGCUGUGGACGCAGUCCGAUCUGCCUUUCUCUCUUGUUUCCUGCAUUGACUUUAAAAGAUGCACUGUUGUAAGUUUUCCUUGCAUUUUUUUUUUUUUUUGAUUUCUCAAUUUAAUAUUUUCCGAUUGGAUUGAAUUUCCAUUGAAAGCACAUUUUAUCCUAAGAGCAGACCAUUGAUUUAUGUGAAUGAAAUCAAAGUUAAAGCCACCAACAUUAUGGAAAGGUAUUUCUGAAAUGUUUGAAAAGUAAUUUUUCUUCUUCGGGUAAAUUAAAACGAGGAAGAAAGCACUUGUACUUGUAUGUGACCCUGAUAAAUUUGAUGUUUCAGUGCUGUGCUACGUCAAAGGUUGGGCCAGAUCAUUCUCUGUCUGUGCUUUUUGUGUCUUGUUUCAAACUUUUUAGUGGAAGCUUGCAAAGCUUUAAGAGGGCCCUGCACAAGAAACACAGGGUGAUAAUUGCACUAGGUAAUAAUGAUAAAAAUGACGUUUACAAUGUCUUUUGCUUGUUUUUAUGAGACAUGAUCUGCCAUGAAUGAAAUAAUGGGGCUGUAACUGAGGCUGAGGUGAUGGAUGAAUGUAAAUUGUAGCACUGCUUUGGCAAGUGGCUGAAUAUAGUAUUUUUUUUUUAUGCAACUUGUUUUUUUUAAUCAUCAUUCAAUUGAGAACUAUUUAAAAUGGGCUAUAAUAUCGAAUGAAUAUGACUGAAAGGCUGGGUGAUGUUCUGACUUUUUUUAUUCAAACACAUAUGAGCAGGUCUUCCAAUAUAGUUAACAGUGGAGAAUGUUUUCCUCCUGUUUGCCAAACUUGUCGGGGUUCAAUUUCUUUCAUAAUUCAUUUUCAUCCCAACAGCGAUGCACAUUUCCAGUGUUUAAAUGGCAAAAUUCAGCAAAUACUAUCUUUAUAUCAUCAUGAAAAGAUUUGAUUAAACUUAAUUUGCGAGUAGAAAAGAAACCGCUUUCUAAAUUACUGACCACAUCCAGUUUUGUCUAGUUGUUUCAAAUAUAGAUAUCGUGAUAUUUCUUGGAAUUUAUCUAGACUCUCAUUUAUUACUUAAGAUUACAAACAGCCUCAACCAUGUUACUUUAAUGUCUUUAAACAUGGUAGUAAAUCCGACAACCAAAUGAAAUCAAUGUAUUUAAUAGUUAUCGCCUCCAUGUUCUGUUUUUUUUUUUUUACUUUUUCCAUCUAAAUUCACAAUGAGUUCAAUUGAAUUUGUGGUUGAAUCUGAUUUGAAACGGGGAAUAGCGUAAAGUGGGAAAAGUGAGAGACUCCACUGUAGUGUCAAAGGGGUGUGGAGCAGUGCCUUAGACUGUGAAUGUGUGGGCGUGGAUGUGUGCCGUAGCCUUAUGUUCAGACAAGACUCGACGUGUAUGGUCUUAGAUUACAGCCCGUGAUAGUUGUUUUGCCUUAUUUUAAAUCGUGACUCAAAUUUGUAAAAUUGGGCCUUGAGACUGCAUGUCAACCAAUUUUCUCAUGACUUUUACUGCGAUUAUGCCAUUGUUUAAUGAGAAAGUUUACUACAACUCCAGCUCAGUUAGGGAAAAUUAACAGAUUUAUACUACUUAAUACAUCUACUGUUGACAGUGCAGCCUGAAAAGCAAAGUAAAGUCCGGGGGAUAAAAAAAAAAGGCAGUUUAUGACAACAUGAGUCAUACGAUGGAUGGUGUCUUCUUUUUAAUCAUCACCAUCAACCAGCCGGUUCACUUUUCUGCCUAACUGCCAACAAUAAAUUCUUGUUGUUUUAGGUUGUCUAAUAUUUUUUUUUUCUUGUGCAGGGUAAAUUGAAUGAUAUUGCACUGUCACUUGAGAAAUUCUUCUCAGAGAAUGUCAUGGUGAACCCUUGGGCGCAUGGGCUCUAUUUGAGGUGGCUCACAGAGAAAGUCAUGUAAAAUAUAUGUAAUGAUAUGUUUUGGUUUCUGUUUGGUUUUUUUUUAUCAGUUUUUUUUUUUGUUUUGUUUUGUUUUUGUUUCCGACUGGCACCAGUGUCUCAUUCACAUCAAAAUCAUUCAUGUGAAAAAUGACUCUAAAAGAACUGGGAUGGGGGUAUUGGUUUAAAAUGAGCUAUUUUGAAAAAAACAUUUUGUUGCAAAUAAAUUUUUACUUAGUUCCUUACUUCCUACAUAGUGUUCUGUUCAUCCCUAUUAACUGUAAAAUCAAUGCACACUGCAGUUUUUUGCUCCAUUGAAUGUUUUAUUCUGAAAACAAUACAUUUAUAUGCAACGAGACGUUAAAAUGCAUGCCAUUCAGAAACACAUCCUAAUCCAAUGAAACCUCUGAUCUUUAUGCACCGUGUAUUAUAUGCUGAUUAACUGUUGUCACUGUUAGCAAACAAAGACUGAAGAGUCUUCUGGUGAGCAGGGUUGUAUUUCUACUACACACCCUGGCCUUUCUUUGAAUGUUUGCAUAAAGUUUAAUCUCUUGUAAUAAUAAUGACAGCGAAGUAGUGCUAAGGAGUGGAGUACAUAGACUAACUACCCAGAUGAGUGUGCAUUUGAACCUGCAGCAAACUCAGAAAAAAAUGCACUAAAAGUUUCUAUAUGUGUCUAUGUGUCCUUGAAUAUAAUGCCAGCACUUUAGAACUACUUAGAAAAGUGAACUAAAAGAGGGCAAACAUCGAGAUCUGAGGCGAACAAGGGGUAAAAUGCAACUUCUAAAGCCAUGUGUUCAGAGCGCUGACAAUCAGAAUAGAGUGAGACCCAAAGUGCACUAUGGGAGACAUGACAUGAUUUGCUGUGCUCUUGCUAUUUGUCUUUCUCCAGCUUGCUUUGGUCUGUGCUAAGCUUACUUUCCAGAGUGGAAGGACAUGGUGACAUUAACUCCAGCCUUCUUGGUGAUAAGUGUGUGUCUUUGCAACAAGGACUGACUCAUACCUUGGUGCUUUGUGAACAGAGCUGUCCCAUGUUAACAUGGACUGUGUCUGUCAUGCUCUGAUGAGUAUGGUCCUGCGUCCAAUGCUUAUUGGUGACCUCUCGAUGGACAAAAAAAUACAAGCUAUGACAGUGGAUCUCGCCAUGCGUCCUAUACUUCGAUCAUGGUGAUGUUCCUCACUCUAAACCGGGCCUGGAUCAGGCAAACUGGGAUGGGACAAUUUCAGUGUUGAUACUACUUUACGUUUCAAUUGAAAAAUGUUAAAAUGUUUAUGCGCCUUCUGACUCGAGCGUCAAUGCUAUAUACAACAGAAAUGCAAGUUGCCACUUUUGAUGUUGCAUAAGAAUCUACCUUUCAUUCCCAUCAUGGUAAUUGCCAUCACCAGUUUUAAGUUGUGUAGUCCAUGAGUUCCUGAUUUCUUUACAUGCAAUACAGAAAAAUCUGCUUUUUAAUAAAAAUCCUUACUUCA